UCUUCUCUCAUUCCAUCUGAAUCUUCACCAAAAGUCCUCUUUUUUUUGGUGAAAUUUUCACUUCAACCCUUCGAUUUCUUUUUAUUUAGAGUUUUCUUCAUCUCUGAGAGCUUUCGACGAUGUGCUGCCCUUCGAAAACGUGCUGCCUUUGCUUGCUGGUGAUCUUGGUGGUGUUGGCGAUCGGAUUCAUCUUCGGUUUCGGCGUCUUCGCCCAUGGAUUUCACAAGCUCAAGGAUACUUUUCAUAUGGAUCAUCCAAGUGAUGGGUUUGAUGGCAAAAGGCCUUUCAUCGGUGCUCCACCGCCGUUCUGAGUGUUCUUUGGAUCUUUAGGUUUGUGAUUCUGAUUUUUAAUUUUAGGGUUUCUUCUUCUUUUUUUUUGGGGGGUUUGAUUGUAAUGUGGGUCUGGGAUUGAGAUCUGAUCUUUGGAUUGGUUUGUUUUUUGGUUUAUUUGAUGAAAAAUUUUUAUUU